AUGGGUAUAUUCCUGUCCAUUACUAACAGCAGCAACGAAUUAACGAAAUCGCAAAAGUUGUAUCGCAUUAAUGAAAGCAAUGAGGUAAUGAAACUACAUAUUUUCAUUUAAACUUUAGAUAAAAUUUUUCAAGGAAUAAACUUCGGCCGACAAUGCAUGUCUGAUACUGAUUUUGUCAUUUUGACAUACGCCGAAACGUUGGUAAAAGUUAUUGAGGAAGGCCAAAACUUAUUUAAUAUAAAGAAAAAAAGUAUAAUUAUAUCUCACUUUUGCCUCAAAGCUUAGUUUAAAGUCGAAUAGUUAAACUUUGUAUAUUUCAAAGGAAACCGCACUGCCAAGUUGUGUAGUGAGUCUGUUUUAAAGUCACAAUUUAUAUUAAUCAUGUUCAGAUAUCAGCUUAGAAAUUUAUUGAGCGUAUACUAAUAAAAAUGCUUUUUUAACAUGCAAUUUAACAUUGGAAAACCAGUCUUCUUUUACAAUAUAGUUAAUACGAUUUCGGAGAGUUAUGUUUUAAAUUUUGAAGCUCGUUGAUUCGAAAUGCAAACAAACUCAAGUCAUUUGCAUAUAACCGAAUGGGCCACCUGUUUCGGAUGCCAGUCAAAGCACGUACUUGGUAUCUUGAAACGAAUAAAGAAGAAUUAAAAUAGCGAUACAUUUCAUAACAAUAUUAAUCUCGAACGGAAGAAAGCUUCGGAUGGAUAGGGAUACAACUACCUGAAAAAUACAAGGAGAACUCCGACGUUUCGUAAGAAGGCGCUUCGUCGAUAAGUUGAGCCUUGGGCAAACUAGGAAACAUUGUUGCGGAAACAUUGUGAUUCUCGAUGUUUCCGCAAGUGUUUCUGUGUUUGCCCACCCGUGGAAACAUCGUUGCAGAAACACAAUUUGCUUCCCGAGAAGCAGAAAUGUUUCCUAUCAAAUUCGGAAACAUUUCAUGUUUCCCAUGCAAGUGCGAUUUUUGUUGCGGAAACAUUGUUUCCUAGUGUUUGCCCACCUUGGGAAACAUGGCGAAACAUUGGCAGGAAACAAUGUUUCCGCAACAAUGUUUCCUAAUUUGCCCAGGGCUUUAGUAGAAAAUGGACCAUUUGCAUUAUAUACUAAAUUUUGAUCUAGACAAAAAUUUCAUCACAGCUUGAAAGAGCAUCACAAAAUUAGUAAUAUUCCAAAGUUUCGUUGCGAAAUGUUGUAAAAUGCGGAUAAUAUAGCCUUGCGAAAUUUUCAGUCAUUUUGUAUUACAAACGGGAAAUUGAUGCCCCAACACCCGAUUGGGCUGCCAAUUUCCCGUGCGUAAUACAAAAUGACUGAAAAACGGCAAACUUCGCAAGGCUAUAUUAUCCGCAUUUUACAACAUUUCGCAACGAAACUUUGGAUUAUUACUAAUUUUGUGAUGCUCUUUCAAGCUGUGAUGACAUUUUUGUCUAGACUUGUUUAGAUCAAAAUUUAGUCUAUAAUGCAAAUGGUCCAUUAACGUCUUUGUAGAGGAAACUAACUUCCCGAUGCCUUAGUUCGAAACGUCGAAGUUCUCCUUGUAUUUUUCAGGUAGUUGUAUCCCUACAUUACAGUCAAUCCACAGCUUUCUCGUAACAAUAUUCCCUAUAUAUUGACUUUGACCAUUAUAUACAGCUAAUUCAGAAAAGGUUGCCCUUCGAAACUCUAAACAUUUAACCUUAAACUCUACGCGCUAAAAGGGCAAUGAGAACACACAGUGUUUGUCGUAUUUAGUCUGAACGAUUUAAUUCUCAUAAUCCUUGUGCAUACGGCCCAGAUUUACGAUGGAGAGCUUUCCCAUUGCACUUUUCAACUUCGAAAUGGGCAAAAUCGCGCUGUUCUAAGCCAAAGAGAGCUGAGGAAUGGGUAAAAUUACUCUGUUCUGAGCCAGAAAGAGUUGAGGAAUUGUUUAUUUUGUAUAGGUCAUCGUGGACCCAGUUGACUUCACAAAUUUUGUCAAAACGUUUCGUGUGCUACUGGGCAAGAAAGAGGACAUCCAGAUAGAAUUACGAAAUCUUGUGUUGGAAUGGAAAAGUCGCUUGAGAAAUGACCAAAACACGCAAGAGAUACGAACGCAAGCCUAUGAACUUAUCGACACCAUAGAAAGCCUUCACGACGAGCAAGAUAUGCUUUUAGAAAGUGAAAAUAAAAAAUUGGAACUUAUAGUUAGGGAAUGUGCUAUGGAUAAUGGUGGAUUUCAUAGGAUUUCGGGGGACAUUGGUAGGGUAGCUAUGGAUAAACAUGAUCAUGUGUCGAAUAAUGGCGGUGGUUCUCGUAGGGUAUCAGGCGACUUUGAUACGGUAGCUAUGGAUAAACAGGGAGAUCUAUCACAGAGUAACGUGGGUUUGCAAGGUACAAGAAGGGAUAAUUCAAGCAAUGGUGGAGAUUUCACUGAUAUGCAUAAAGAGAUAUCCCGAAGACAACAGUACUUACAGAUGUUUAAUAAUCAAAGUACGAUAGCGUUAAAGCGAGCGCUACUCGAUAUCGAAGCUUGUAGAAAGAUGGUGGAUUAUAGUAAGGAUUUUGUUGACAAUAUGAAUAAUUCCGAGGAGGUUUCGAGCAGGAGUGAAAGUAGUGAAGGCUCCUUUCCCCAUCCUGUGUAA